UUCAAGGAACGCAGCAGAACAAGAGACUGAUUAUGAGGAAGCAGGGGAGGCAGCUCCAGACACAGAGCAACACGGCACCUGGAUCAGUCGACAAAGCAAAAUGACACCAUCGAGCAGCCUGAGACUUACUGCAAAGACGGAGCGGGGAAUAUAA